AUGGUCGGCGCCGCUGCUGGUUUCUCCGAAGAAUACUUAGUCGUACAUUUCCAAAUCGAUCCUUCUGCUCCAAAAUUUUCAUGGACUGAUGAGUUUCAGCUACAGCUGAAAUAUCAUCCACGGACAUUACGAUAUGGAUCAUCGCGUUUAUCUUCUUUGCGUAACCGUAGAGAAGCAGCAAUAGCCGUAGAGGAGCAGUACAAAUUGCUUGGAGAUGUAAGCUGUGAGAGGCGCACUGAGUUGGUUGGAGAGGUUAAAAGUUUUAAGACUGUCCCCGGAGCCGGUUCCUUGUCUUUAAAUAUAAGGAGCCGCGAAAGGUCCGCCCUUCUCUUCCCCAUAAGCAUGUUGCCGCCUGGAUGGGUGCCAGAAGUAGAGGAUGGUGGUGUUGAUAAUCGCGGCAAUCGGCGGUGCAGUCAUAUCAGAUUAUCAUCAGAAUGGCGAACCACUACUAUUAUUGGGUUACAAUGCUGA